AUGAGCACGUACACGAGUGCGAGUGCUCACAAUGUAGAGGAGAGCAUAGACGUUUCAGGUCUCAACUCCGGCGGCCCUCGUCCUGGCUCCGAGUCCUUGCCCAAAUCAUCUCCGCUACCGUUACCGUCGUUCGCUCCUUUUGCUGUCGAUAUGACCACAGACUACACGACCCCAGCGAUUGCGAUCGAUCCCGUUGCGCUCAUAACGACAGAAUGUAUCACCAUCACCUCUGCCAUGCGCAAGCAUGCCCGGUGGGCACAGUCGUCGGUAUCGGCCAUCCUGGGAGGAGCAUCGAGGCCUCAAGAGCAGGAUCUACAACGACGGUUGUCGUCGCAAAGUGGUCGAAAGGGCCCUACGAUUUCCGACCCGGGCAAGACCAAACUCAACGUCACCAACAGUGCGACCUCGGACGACGACGAGAAUGCCAGUCUGGCCAGUCGGUGGGGCCUGCGUGGGAAGAAGGGCAAGCCCACGCCGGACAACCCUCUGCUUUCGGCGUUUGCACGCUUGAGAAGGGAUCUGGCGGGUUGCAAGGACGUGCGUAGCGUCGAUGCACCGGAACUGCUUCAUCCUUUCUUACAGGUCAUCCGAAGCUCUUCGACCAGUGCGGCGAUUACGAGUCUGGCGGUAAUCUCGGUCACCAAGUUCUUUGCCUACAAUAUCAUCACGACGAAAAGUCCACGGAUCGCCUUGGCCAUGCAUUUGCUGAGUGCUGCUAUAACGCAUUGUCGGUUCGAAGCUAGUGACACUGCUGCGGAUGAGGUGGUUCUCCUACGCAUUCUACGGCUCAUGGAACUCAUUAUUUCCCGACCAGAGGGUCUCCUGCUUGGAGACGAGAGUAUCUGCGAAAUGAUGAGCACGGGGUUAAGCAUGUGUUGUCAAUCCCGGCUCUCAGAGGUUCUCAGGAGGUCGGCCGAGAUGGCCAUGGUCAUCAUGUGUCAAGUCGUCUUUAGCCGGUUGAAGACGCUCAAAAUCGAACAAGUUCCCAAGGUCGAAGGAGGGAGGAGUCGUUCUAAUACCAAGACGGCCGCCGCCGAUGGUGAUCUCAAAAUUGAGCCGCCCAUGACGGGAAGCGUCAUGGGCAACGGCGAGCUGGCGGAUCGUCCGAGUGUCGAUGUCGAAGGAGGCUCCUCCUCGACUGCUGAAGACGCCGGGGCCGGCGCCGAAUCCAAGGCCGCUUCCUCGUCGGAACCUCAGCAUUCAACCGUUCCGACGCAUGCUAAUGGGUUAGAGAAUGUCGAGCCAUAUGCAUUGCCGUCGAUAAAAGAGCUGUUUCGAGUUUUGAUCGACCUCUUGGAUCCCCAUGACAAAACCCAUACCGAUCCCAUGCGUAUCAUGGCUCUGAGGAUUAUAGACAUUGCCCUGGAGGUCUCAGGGCCCUGGAUCGCCAGACAACCCGCGUUAGCUGCCCUUGUGCAGGAUGAUCUCUGCCGCCAUUUAUUCCAGCUCGUCCGAUCCGACAAUAUGGUGCUUCUGAACAGCUCCUUGCGUGUUGCCGGGACUCUGUUGGCCACGUGUCGACAACUACUGAAACUACAGCAGGAACUGUUCCUGUCAUAUUUGGUGGCGUGUCUGCAUCCGCGGGUUGACAUUCCGCAAGAACCGGGAAUUGAUCCGUCGCUAUACGAAGGGGUGCCGCAAGCUCCAAAACUGGUCAAGCCGGCCCCAUCCCAAGCCAGCAGUGGCCGAUCCACGCCGGUGCCUAUCAAGGACAGGCAGAAGCUGGGGCUAGAAGGAGGGGCCAGGAGGCCCGAGGCCAGAGAGGCCAUGGUGGAAAACAUUGGGACUUUGGUCCGCAUGCCGAGUUUCAUGGCCGAACUCUUUGUCAACUAUGAUUGCGAGGUGGACAGACAGGAUCUUUGCGAAGACAUGGUUGGUCUCUUGUCACGGAAUGCUUUUCCUGACGCAGCCACCUGGAGCACCACGAAUGUGCCACCUUUGUGUCUGGAUUCCCUGUUGACCUUUAUCCAAUUUAUGGCCGAACGGCUGGACCAGGAACCCCCUCCAGGCACUGAAGAACGAAUUGAAAAGAUGAGGAUGCAAAGAAUUCGGAAGCGCAUCAUCAAAAGCGGCGCAUCCAAGUUCAACGACGACCCCAAAGCUGGCGUGGCUUACCUGGUGAGAAACGGCAUCAUCCAGGAUCCGGACGACCCUCGCCAGGUAGCCCAGUUUCUCAAGGGCACGUCGCAUGUUUCUAAGAAAGUUCUCGGCGAGUUCCUGACGAAACGAAACAACGAACGGCUGUUGACCGCGUUCAUUGACCUGUUCAACUUCCAGGGCAUGCGCAUCGACGAGGCCCUGCGAGAAAUGCUGGGUACUUUCCGUCUUCCCGGCGAGUCGGCCCUCAUCGAACGUAUAGUCAAUACAUUUACCGAAAAGUACUGUGCGACAGUCUCGACGGACGAGAUUGCCGACAAGGACGCGGCCUUUGUGCUCACGUAUGCCAUCAUCAUGCUCAACACCGAGCUGUACAACCCCAAUCUCAAGUCACAGAAACGCAUGUCUUAUGAAGGGUUCGCGCGCAACUUGAGGGGAGUCAAUGCCGGCCAGGAUUUCCCGCCGGACUUGCUUCAAGAAAUCUACGACGCCAUCAAACAGAACGAGAUCAUCCUGCCGGAUGAGCACGACAACAAACAUGCAUUUGAGUAUGCGUGGAAAGAGUUGUUGAUGAAGACGGCCGAGGCCGGCCCCUUGGAGCUAUGUGACAGCAAUGCCUUUGACGCCGAAAUGUUCAAGGCCACCUGGAAACCCAUGGUCGCCACGCUCUGCUAUGUCUUUAUCUCGGCCUCGGACGACGCCGUCUUUUCUCGUGUCGUGGUGGGUUUCGACCAAUGCGCGCAGAUUGCCGCAAAAUAUGGAAUCACCGAAGCUUUUGACAGGAUCGUGUAUAGCGUGAGCCAGAUCACCGGUCUGGCCGCCGAGGUGCCCCCCAGCACCGCAUUGAACACCGAGGUACAGGUUGGCAAGAAGAGAAUCAUGGUCAGCGAGCUGGCCGUGCGGCUAGGCAGGGACUUCCGAGCCCAGUUGGCAACCGUGCUGCUCUUCAGGAUCCUGUCGAACCGUGAAACCGCCGUGGGCGACACAUGGAGCUACCUGGUGCGCAUCCUGAGGAACCUGUUCGUCAACUCAUUGAUUACCUUGCCGAAAGUCGAAGAGACUCGGCUCGCCGACUUGGGCCCUAUCCCCCUUCAGCCGCCUUCACAGGUCAUCGAUCGAGAUGGCCGGUUGGGUGAUAGUGGCAUUUUUUCUACUUUUACUUCCUACCUGUCGAGUUACGCCGCCGACGACCCGCCGGAGCCGUCCGAGGAAGAGCUAGACAAUACCUUGAGUGCAGUCGACUGCGUCAAGGCGUGUCAGCCCGAUGUGGUCCUCAAGCGCAUGGCUGCCUUGCCGCCUGAGCAGAUCAAAUCUCUGGUGUCCGCCAUUUUGUCCCAGAUGGAGGAGCUGUCUCCGGUCGUGGCUGUCAAGCCUGAACGUCCUAUGCCCGUCACUGUCCGGGUCAACGGACACCGAAUGCAAAAGUCUGGUCCAGAGUAUGACCCUGGCACCGUUUUCUUGCUUGAGUUGGCAACUCUACUUACCUUGAGAGAUGACGAAACCAUCGCGGCCGCUGGUGAGGUGUUGACAGGUGCACUGCAGAACGCGGUCCGAGAUGCAUCCAACUUUCAUCCUCUGGCCGCGGCCAGGGUGGUGCAUUAUCUUCUGGAGCUGCUACGGUACAGCUAUACACACGAUUUCAUGCGUGCCCCAGUUGUGCUUCAUGCCAUCUCCAGCUUUGACGACACUGUUCUGGACCGCACCGCCGAGGCCGUCACCAGGGGCCUCGCCAACGCCAUCGCCGAGCCUGGCCCGUUGCGCAACGAAGUGACCAAAUCCCCGGACUUUUGGUCGAUAUUGCAACGACUACACCAACACAAGAGCGAAGGCGAAUCCGUGUUUGAGAUACUCACCACCUUGGCCACGUCGCAGCCGACGGCGGUGACGGCGGACAACUUCGAGUCGGCGAUUGCAUUGGCCAACGACUUUGCCACGGCCGGAUCGAUAGGGUCGAUCCAGGAGAAACGGCGCGACUUUGCGGCCAAGCGAGGCCACCAGGCGAAACCGGCGCGCGAUGAGGAUAUCGUGGUUGUCCAGCGGGCCGUCAAGGCUAUUGGUCUUAUCUACCAGCUCAGCGACCGCGUGCCGAGUCUGAUUGCGCAAUCACAUCUUGAACGCCACGAGGCCUGGGCGGCGUACUGGUCACCCGUGUUUCGGGCGCUGUGUUCACAGUGCGUCAACCCUUGUAGGGAAGUGCGGCAUCGUGCGCUCUCGGCGCUUCAACGUACUUUGCUGGCUGAAGCUGUGGCUGCAGGGUUGGAGACAACAGAUGAACAUAAUGGCAAAGAUGAGGUUUCUCAGGAUGAUGACGAACAGAGACAGGGGGUGGAAAAGCAGCAUGCUGAAUGGACGGCCAUUUUCGACGAGGUUCUGUUCCCCUUGACUUUGCGACUCCUCAAACCCGAAAUCUACCAGCUUGACCCGCUGGGGAUGAAUGAUACCAGGGCCCAGAUCGCCUCGUUGUUGUGUAAGGUGUUUCUACGGUACUUGGACCGUCUGGUCGAAGUCCACCGCAUGGCUGAUGUCUGGGUUAAAAUUCUGGAGCUGUUGGAUCGCCUGAUGAAUGCGGGUACGGAGGGAGCUGAUGCCCUUGCCGAGGCCGUGUUGGAGGGCGUUAAGAAUGUUUUGUUAGUUAUGGAUGGGACGGGGUAUUUGGAGAGAAGUGGCGAGAACAAACUUGUUCGAGCACCACGCAAGAAAAUAGCGGUCCGUGGCAAGCAGCGACGUCCGCCACAACGUCAGGGACAUGGACGAAGUCAAAGCAGUGCAGGAACAGAUAAUGAGGAAACCAAGGAUGGACAGACCAGGUCGUCGUCCGACGCUGGUGCACGGGAUCCAGAAACCGGGUUCCAAGAACAAGAGACUGAAGAAGACGGCAACGAGAGCGAGGAGCGACGACCUGUGGAGGAAGGAGAAGAUGAAGACAACGACGAAACGGGGAUGGAGGAAGAAGAGCAACAAGAAGAAGAAGAAGAAGAAGAAAUCCAAGUCUGGCCCGAGACCGUGACUCGGUUGAAUCGGUUUUUGCCCGGAUUGGUCGACGAGUUGUUUCCUACACCACCACCUCCUCAGCCUGAACCGGCUUCUGCUCAAGCGGGUGAAGUGAACAGCGGUGGUGGCGGUGCUACUUCUGAUGAGAAUCGGAAGCUUGCUGCUGGUGGUGGUGAUGGAUCAAGACCACAGACGAGAGAUGGGGGUGGCGGAGCGGAAAAAAGAUGA